AUGGCCCAUGAGACGGGUCAUUCGAAACCCCCAACCGCUGAUAGGAGAGUUUUGGUGGCUGCCCCACGCUACAGGCCAAUUGGAAAUACACCCUUCGUCCCGAACCUGAGCUAUCAAAAUUUUUGGGACGCAAAGAAAUGGCAUGCAUUAAUUGGCCAGACGUCGAAUCCCGCGCUAUCGUCGGACUUCGUCCCGGGAGUGUGGAGCAGUGGAUCCGCCAUUGUGGAUGCGACGGGACCCAACGAAAAGCGUUCGUCCUGCUCCGCAUCGGUGACAGCAAUCAUUGGCACUUCUACUUUUAGUCAGACCCUUUCAAAUCAUCGUGCUCGUUCAGCUGGGAAGCACAAAUGCCAGCAGUCUAACGUACCGCUCGGGGGAGUUUCCAGACUCGGCCGUUUUCUUAGCGGCUUGCGAAGCCGGCAUGCUAAGGGAUGGGUGCAGAAUCGUAUCUCUUCCUGGUGGGCCGCGAAGAGAGCUAGGGCACCUGAGCUCAUGAAGGGACUAAACACAAAAAGACCGACUGCUUCAAAAGGGGCGCCAUGGCCUAGCCAUCCCAUUGUAUAUCGCACCUAUUUCGCCAACUAUGUUCUCGGAAGCGAGGGUCAGGCCGUCAAUGCGCUAAAGAGGCCAAGCAGUGGAGUUCUGGUCCGGGAUUCCAUUCACAUCCCGCUCGCCGGCCAAAGUCUUCAGGAAUGA